AUGGCUGACGUUAAUGAUGAAGCUGUACCGCGACGUCGGCGACGCCGAAGACAAUCAAGAUCGAAUUGUAUCGACACGUUACCCGACAGAAUUUUUAAUGGCUACAGAUAUAAAUUAGGAUCAAGAUUAACGAAUGGCAGCCGUCGAUUGAAAUGUUCCGAAUAUGCAAGGUAUAAUUGCACGGCGCAAGGAACAUUAUCCCCUUUAGAUGAAUUUUCCUACGUAGAAGGACAUGAUGAACAUGUAGAUUUACCUCUUCCGAACGCUCAGUGCAAAGCAGAAUUUGAGCGAGCGCUGCACAAAGCUUGUAAAAGGCAGUUUCGAAAAGUAGAGCUUAUUUACAACGACACAGCACUUUUGCAUCAAGAAGCUGCAGAGCUGAUCACUUUCCAAGAUAUUAAGAUAAAAAUGAUUUCAUGGCAAAAAACAAUGCGGCUGUCAACGAUAAACACAAUUGAAGAUCUACAGACUAUAUUACAACUAGAAGCUUAUGCAAAUAUUGGAUUAAAUAAUUUUAGUAGAACUGAUAUACAAUUUGUUACUAAUACCACAAAUGAAAUAAUAGCAAUAAUGUUUAGAGACCAGGAACUACAGAGAAAAGUUACAACAUCAAAAUUAUAUAUAACAUCAUCAGCAAUAGUACCUGAAAAUGUUGGUGCUCUUCAGAUUAUAACCAUAGCAACCCACCACUCUGAAUAUAUUAUGCCAAUUAUCUAUUUAAUUAUGUUAAGAAAAAAUGAAGGAGACGUUCAAAGAGCACUAGAAGAUGGAUUACGUAACUUGCAACCUGAAGAAAUAUACACAGAUUUAGAUAGAGACAUACACCUGGCAGCAAGUGCUGUAUGUCCAAAUGCCAUCAAAAGAGGUUUAUUUACAUCACAAUGCAAAAUUUUCAUUAAAGAAGCUACUAAUUAUAACAUUGACUUAAACAACGAUACGACAUUGCUAAUAUUCAAUAAAAUAAUUGCUUUAAGUUUAUUACCAUCUACUUUAAUAUUGGAAUCAUUUGAAUGGAUAGUAUCGUCCAUGGAUGAUAUUCGUUUUAAUCAAUUUUCAAGAUUUUUGGAGUACUACCGCACAAAUUGGUUAUCAAGAAUAACAGCCAAUAAUUAUAGUUGUUUCAACAAUAUAUAUUGUUUAUUAAUAAAUUCUGAAUUGAUAGCUAGAGACAUUUCAAAUCAUCUACAUGAGGAUAAAAAUAUAUGGAGUUUUGUUGAGCAUGUAAUUAAUACCCACAACCGGUGUCAUUUUCACUUUGAAAAUUUAAUUGUUAAAGGGAAAGCAAACUGGCCUGCUAACAAAAUGAAAAGUAUAUUAACAAACUGUAAAAAUUUUACCAUAAUAACUAAAAAUUGGACUGCAAUUGCUGAUGGUGUAAGUGAUACCAAUGUAUUUCUGCGCCGUAUUGGAAGUGCGUUGAAACCAGUGAUCCAGAAUCUAGAAUUUUCUAAUAACGCCGACUUACCUAAUGCAUUUCAAUUGUAUUCCUUACCUAAUGAAGAACAACUACAAGAUCUAGUACAGAUUGCUGACAUUAUUAGAAAUCAAAACAAUGAUUUACUUCAAGAAGCUACGAUUGCUGAACUUCGCAAUCCCAUACAAUACAUUAUUCCACAAUUGGAUAUCAAUAACUUACCUCCAGGAUUAGAUUAUGAAAAUGUAGAAGAAGAGGAAAAUAAUAAUGAAAAUGUAGAAGAAGAGGAAAAUAAUAUUGAAAAUGUAGAAGAAGAGGACAAUAAUAUUGAAAAUAUGGAAGAAGGGGAAAAUAAUAAUGAAAAUGUAGAAGAAGAGGAAAAUAAUAUUGAAAAUGUAGAAGAGGAAAAUAACAUUGAAAAUAUGGAAGGGGAAAAUAAUGAUGAAAAUGUAGAAGAAGAGGAAAAUAAUAUUGAAAAUAUAGAAGAAGGGGAAGGUAAUAAAGAAAAUCUACAAGAAGAGGAAAAUAAUAAUAUACAAGAAAUCCUUUGGGUAUCUGACGAAUGCCGAUUUUGUUUAGUUGUGGCACCUACCAUUGUUUAUAAACCAUGCAAUCAUGUUAUCGCAUGCAAAAAAUGUAAUGCUACUCGAGUCCAGCGUAAUAUUAUUGAUGGGACAACAUAUGUCUGUAUAAUAUGCAAGCAAUUCAUUCAAAGAGUAUCAUAUUACCAUAAUAAACUAUAA